AUGAUUUCACAAGUAGAGCAGCUGCGAAGCGUUGUGGCAUCGCAAGCGGAACGUAUUCGUCAUUUGGAGCAGCAGAUUGAGAAUAUGGACAGAGAUCUUUGUGCAUCCCGUGAAGCCCAUGAUCUUCUCGAGUUCCAAGUUCUCGAAAACGAAGAAAACAAUAAACAACAGGGAUCUUCACAACGACAUGAUAAAUGCAUUGGCACUGAGAAAAUGCCUCCUGAACGACAUAACAAGGCUUCUGGGACAUCCGACCUCGAAGGUGUAGGCUCUCAAAACAUCAUCGAAGAAGAAGCACUGAUUUCUAAUCAGAUGCAGACUAACGAGAGAAACAUUCUGCCUACAGAAUUGGGCUAG